AUGUACACACUGCACAUACCCUCAGACUGUUAUAUACACACACACACACACAACUCUCCCUCUGCUGCACCACCCGUCUGUCCCUCUGCUGCACCACCCGUCUCUCCCUCUGCUGCACCACCCGUCUCUCCUCUGCUGCACCACCCGUCUGAACCUCUGCUGCACCACCCGUCUCUCCCUCUGCUGCACCACCCGUCUCUCCCUCUGCUGCACCACCCGUCUCUCCCUCUGCUGCACCACCCGUCUGAACCACUGCUGCACCACCCGUCUGAACCACUGCUGCACCACCCCGUCUGUCCCUCUGCUGCACCACCCGUCUGUCCCUCUGCUGCACCACCCGUCUGUCCCUCUGCUGCACCACCCGUCUCUCCCUCUGCUGCACCACCCGUCUCUCCCUCUGCUGCAUCACCCCGUCUCUCCCUCUGCUGCACCACCCGUCUCUCCCUCUGCUGCACCACCCGUCUCUCCCUCUGCUGCACCACCCGUCUCUCCCUCUGCUGCAUCACCCCGUCUCUCCCUCUGCUGCACCACCCGUCUCUCCCUCUGCUGCACCACCCGUCUCUCCCUCUGCUGCACCACCCGUCUCUCCCUCUGCUGCACCACCCGUCUCUCCCUCUGCUGCACCACCCGUCUGAACCUCUGCUGCACCACCCGUCUGAACCUCUGCUGCACCACCCGUCUCUCCCUCUGCUGCACCACCCGUCUCUCCCUCUGCUGCAUCACCCCGUCUCUCCCUCUGCUGCAUCACCCCGUCUCUCCCUCUGCUGCAUCACCCCGUCUCUCCCUCUGCUGCACCACCCGUCUCUCCCUCUGCUGCACCACCCGUCUGUCCCUCUGCUGCACCACCCGUCUCUCCCUCUGCUGCACCACCCGUCUGUCCCUCUGCUGCACCACCCGUCUCUCCCUCUGCUCAGAGGAUGUAACUGGUUUAUAAACACAUCAGACUGGUUUUUCUACUGUUCACCACAUUUACCAUUUUAG